AUGUUUUCACCAUUGAGGCUCCUUUUCCUCCUUCUACUUGUUGCUGUGAUCAACCGCUCUCCUGUUGCAAACUCAACUCUAAGAACCCUCUCGCACAUUCAAUGGUGUGUGGCAGCUCCGGGGGCGUCAGAUGCAGUGUUACAAGCUAAAAUUGAUUGGAUUUGCCAGCAAGUACCAAAAGUUAACUGCAAACCAAUCGAAUCUGGUGGAGCCUGCUUUGAGCCAAAUACUGUGCAUAGCCAUGCAUCAGACAAAUUGUAUUGCAAACUAUGGAAGUUGGCUCCUUAUGCGAGUGUAUCCGAAUAUUCUCUACAUUGUGAAUCUCUUUACCCACGAGAUCAUAAACUACCCCUCAUGGAGUCACAGCUUGGAAUGACAAAGAUAAAGAAAGUCAUAGACAGAGGUAUGCAUCUACGAUCACCUGUGUUUUGGAUUGAUGAGGAAACCAAAGAUUAUAUAGUUCUAUGGGGAAUUAUAGGCUAUUGGGUGGUUUAUUCCAAGAAAGGUGAUGAUAACUUGUGGAAACAAAUCCCUAAAACCUCAUCUUGUUAUCACAUGGUUUACGUGGAUCACAAGCUUUACUUCUUAACCGAAUGUGGUGGUUUCUGUAUCUUCGAUUUCUCUGGUGGAUUUCCACAAGAAAUCUUUGUUAGUUCUCUUCCUGUGGAAAGAUUCGAAACUCGUCUCCGGAAUAUCCUUUAUGCGACAAAAAUUGUAGUCAGGGUAACAGGAGAAGUCCUCAUGGUUGAGAAGUUCUUGAAGAAGAGGUCGGAAACCUGGUUUUUCAAGGUUUACAAGGUUUCUCCACCAAGAUUGCCGAAGAAAAAAAAAGUGAUUGAUUCUUUGGGAGACGAGGUAAUGCUUUUUGAUCAAGGCAUCACUGUGCUCGCCAAUGACGUUGAUGGAUUGGUUAGAGAUUCAAUCUAUUUCAGCUCUAGUCAUAAAAACACACAUGAACUCUUUCUAUUUGAUCUCAAGACACGGAAGACGGAGCUGCUUCACGAAUUUGAUUCUUCUUCUAUACCAUUCUCUAGAGGUCGAUGGUUCUCACCACGUUUCACGCAUAGAUUAUGUUAA